AAUUACUUGGAAUCUCUCGAUUGGCCAUUGCAGCUCAAACGAUGGACUCAUGAUGACGCGAAUAGACGGUCUCAUCAUCUUGGAUCCCAUAGGGAAACCUCUGAUCACUUCUCACUUUUCAUUGCAUCCACCUACCUACCCUUCCAUCCACAUCGAUACGUUCAAUCAUCUCCGCAAGCAGUCCAUCGCCAGAUCAAAGGUGCUCGAUUCAGUGAUCGGGGUGAACGCCAUUGACAAUGACGGUCGAGAGCUGGGUACCGGAUUAUGCUGGUUAGAGCGGGAAGGCUUAAAGUUUUUGGUACCUAUAUCGGAGGAAUUAAACCCCCUGUUUGCAUUCUCUUUCCUGUCUAGUUUUUUGGCAACCCUCGAAGAUUACCUAGGGGAUAUCACGGAAAAUUCAAUCAAGGAGAACUUUGAGGUGGUUUACAUGCUCAUCGAGGAGAUGCUUGAUGAAGGCCAUCCAAUGACGACGGAAACGGCGAUGCUCAAGGAUAUAGUCCUUCCGCCUACAUUGGUCCGAAAGAUUCUCAACGUCGCUGGAGUAUCUGGCAUUCAAUCACCCACCUCCCCAUUUACCGCCCCCAUUCCUUGGAGACGGCAGAAUAUCCGUCAUGCCAACAACGAGAUCUACUUUGACAUUGAAGAAUCGAUGGAAGCCAUCGUCGACCGUCGCGGCUCUGUACUCUCCUCAAGCGUCUGGGGCCGAGUCAAUGCGAAAUCUAGGCUAUCCGGUAACCCCGAUCUCCUAUUGACGUUUUCCAAUCCCAAACUCAUCAGCAAUUGCUCGUUUCACCCUUGUAUACGGUACAGUAAAUGGGAGAAAAAUGGUGUCUUGUCUUUCAUUCCACCUGAUGGUCGAUUCAAGCUUUUGGAGUUUCAAGUCCCUCCGAUGCGCGUACAAUUGCCUCUACAGCUCGUUCCCAAAAUGUCAAUCGAAGAGAACGGCGGUGGCCAGUUCUCCCUCACCCUUACUUCUCGGACGAAUCAUCGACCAAUACAGGAUAUCGUUGUCUCCAUCUUCCUUGGUUAUGGAACCAACGGCGUCAGUGCAACAGCUACUGGCGAUAAGCGGGCAGGAGGAGGAGAUGCGCAUGGACCUGGGGCACCGGUGUUAGGUACAAAGAGUGAAGUUGGAGAUGGUUAUGUAGGUGGCGGAACCUGGGAAUUCGACCCGCAUACCCAGGUAAUGAAAUGGACGAUUUCAUCGCUAGUCUCGACCGAAAGACCACCAACAUUGACCGGAUCCUUCACGUCGAGCGAGACGCAUUCCACACCUUCUCCCGCAUUUGACAUCGCCUUCACAAUCCCGAAUCACUCAUACUCUGGUCUCAAGGUUGAUCAGCUCAAAGUAUCUGGAGAUGUCAACUACAAGCCUUUCAAGGGUAUACGCCAGAUAGCCAGAGCGGGCAAGAUGGAAGUGCGAUGGUGAUGUCCGUAUACAUAUGGACAGAUAGCUCUGUUCGAUGUGAAACGACGGACCCCGACCGUCAGACUGUAUCGCAAGGCAUACACGUCACUCU